AUGAAGAAGAAAGAAGCAAAGAGAAAAUGGGGGGAAAAAGUAGGAAUAUUCGAAUUUAGCAAUCAAGAAGUGAAGAAGAAUAUGAAAAUGUUUAGGCUUGAGCUUGGUCGUUGGGAUCACUAUCUUGAAAUUCCUGCGAAAUUUGAAGAUCAUCUGAAGGAGGCCUUGAAUGGGAUCCAGAAAAUGUAUAAUCUGAAGAAGUUGAAAGAGACUCUGGAAGAGUCUGAUCAAUUUAAUGAUCAUACCAAAGGCGAUUGUGAAUGGAUGAACAAGUUGAAUGUGAAGUGGAAAGACUGUGAUCGAUCCGUUCUUAGCAUUGUUCUUGAUGAUGUAGAAGAUAAAGAAGUGAUGAAAAAUGAUGUAAAUGAGAAGCAGAAAAGACUAAUCAGUUGGAUGAAAAAUCUGAGGCCUUAG